AUGGCAUCUUUAAACAGUUCUACCUUCGCUUUCAUGAUUGUAGGAAAAACAGGAGUAGGAAAAUCAUCAAUCAUCAACAGCGUUGCAGGCUCUGAAGUGGCUCCAGAAGGUGAUGAGCUUGAUACAGGGACAUACUGCACUGAAAGCUACGAAAUUGAGCACUGUGGAAGCAAAAUUCAAUUUUGGGAUACUCCCGGAUUGUUCGACACAACAUCAGAUUCUGACAUGUACUUAAAACAAAUCCAAGAAAAGUAUGAACAGUGCGAUCUGAUAUUGUUUUGCUCAGAUAUGACAGACACAAGAGUUACAGCACAGGACAAACGUACAAUUCAUGCAUUCACACAAUUUCUUGGGACUGCUUUUUGGCACCGAGCAAUCUUUGUUCUUACAUUUGGAAAUAAUGUAGAGCACCCUCGACAUGGGCGAACACCAGAAUACUUCAAAGAGAAGCUAGAGGCUCUGAAGUCUAAGUAUCGUGAAGUACUUAUAGAAGCUGAGAUUCCUUCGAGCAUAGUCACAAUGGUUCCUUUUAUUCCAGCAGGAUAUCAUCCUUGGUCACCUGACAAAGAAAUGUACAUUCUUCAAGAUGGGAAAAACUGGAUAUCUACCUUCUUCAUGGCAUGUUUUGCUCGAGUGAAAAAAUCCCAACAAAAUCCUGUAUUCCAAGCUCUUCCUAAGAGACAAGUACAAUCGGCAAAGCCUGUUGCAAGAAAACCAACGCGUGAUCAGUGCACAUUCAAUGCUAGCCACAGAAAACAUACAAAGCAAGAUUGGUUUGAGUGCAAGACUUGCUGGGGGGGUGUAAAUUCUCAAUUUGGUUGCUGCUGGCCCUGUGCACUCGACUGUCAUAGGGGUCACCAGAUAGUAGCACAUCACAAGGUAGAUGAAGGCAGAGGUGUUUUCUUUUGUGACUGUGGUCUUAACAAUCACCAGCCUGCUGUCUGUACUUUUUAUAGUACGAAACAAGAAUUUCGAUUGCAGCCAUAUUAUAAAUGUUUGUCAUGCUUCAAAGACCCACGAGCAGGUGUGUGUUUUCAGUGUAUGAUUAACUGUCACCUUGGACACAAUACUAAAUAUGAUGGGGUAAAGAACGCAUUUUGUGAUUGUGGCCUCCAGUAUUGUGCUGUGAGAUGUAAAAUUCCUGAACCACGAUCAUAUAAGUAGAUUUUACACUGCAAUAACUAUGCAAACAAAUAUUGUUCAAUAGAUGUGUGCAUGCAUGUAUAUACAUACUAUUGUGACUAUAAGUAUUAUGCAAUUUGUUUUUAUUGUGGA